AUGCCACAAAAGUUUGGGGAACAUUUAAUUUACAGACAAUGGGUGAUUAUCAUGAUUUAUACUGAUAUUUUACUAUUGGCAGAUGUUUUUGAGAAUUUUAGUAGUACAUGUCUGCAGUAUUACAAAUUAGACCCAUGUCACUAUUGUACAUCAGCAGGAUUGAGUUGGGAUGCAAUGUUAAAAAUAACAGACAUAAAAUUGGAGUUAAUGACUGAUAUUGACACGUUCCAGUUUAUAGAAAAAGGUACAUGUGGAGGUAUUUCAUACAUAGCCAACCGAUAUGGGGAAGCAAAUAAUAAAUACAUGAAAGAGUACAACAAAGAAAAACCCAGCAAGUAUAUUAGGUAUCUGGACGCUAAUAAUUUAUACGGUUACGCGAUGAGCCAGUAUCUUCCAACAGGUGGAUUUAAAUGGCUAACAGAAAAGCAAAUUGAUAAGAUU